ACUUUUGUCUCUGGAAUUCUCCUCUUCCCUUGCUGGGCAUUCCUCCAUCAUUGCCGCAUUUAGUACCUUGGCUCCUGAGGCAUUGUCGCAACUUUGGGUCUUGCUCACCGCCCAGUUUAUUCCGUUAAUGUCUGGCAGAAAAAAAGUUGCCCGCUUUUUUUUGUACUGCUUUCAUAUCUACAUCUUAAAGAAAAAUUAGUUAUCGUUGGUAAAACAUCUACCAACACUUUUAAUAAGAUCUCCAAUCAUGGCCAAGCGCAAGAGAGAAGAAGCGACCAAGGAGUCUCAAGUCUCCAGUCAACAACCAUCGAAAGUGGUCAAGUCAACAACUAGCCAUGUAACCUCCGCUGAUACCCCGGCUAUCACUUUACAAAUAAUCACUGGAUCCUAUGAACGAGUGCUGCAUGGCUUCACUGCCGCCGUUUCCCCGUCUUGUUUCGCAUCUAACGAUGAGAAGGAUUCUCCAUCUCACUCGUCCGCAGUACAAUUUGUCGAUACUUUCUUGUUUGAGGCCCAUUCUUCCGCCAUCCGCAGCCUCGCCUUGUCCCCAUUACCAAAGGCAGAUUCGACCGAGGAAUCGAAAAAGGUUAUUCUGGCGAGCGGUGCGACAGAUGAAACUAUUAAGCUUUACUCAUUGUCUGCCGCCCCUCUGGAAGUAAACGAGCAAUAUCCUUCUAUCCCAACCCUCGCCGGUAACAAGAUCCUCGAGAAUCCUAAGAAUCGAGAGCUCGGCACUUUGCUACAUCACUCCGCCAGUAUAUCGGCUUUGCAUUUCCCUUCCCGCUCAAAGCUUCUAGCAGCUUCGGAAGACAAUACUAUCUCCGUCACGAGGACUAGGGACUUUUCCGUUGUGUCUACUAUUAAAGCCCCCCGUCCGAAGAUUCAGGGAAGGCCCAGCGGAGACACAGCCCCUCCCGGAGGGUCACCAUACGGUGUCAAUGACUUUGCCGUGCAUCCCAGUAUGAAGCUUAUGCUUAGUGUUGGGAAGGGCGAGAAAUGCAUGAGACUUUGGAACCUGGUGACGGGUAAAAAGGCAGGUGUGUUGAGCUUUGGUAGAGAGAUUCUACAGAGCGUUAAAGAAGGCAAGUGGAGUACUGGUGAGGGAAGAAAGAUUGCUUGGAACUCAAAGGGUGAAGAAUUUGCCGUUGCAUUUGAAUGGGGAGCUGUUGUCUUCGGAAUUGAUUCGACACCAAUCUGCAGGGUCUUUCCAAGUCCCCGGAGUAAAAUUCAUGAAAUAAAGUAUAUCAGCCAUGAUCCUUCCGCUGAAGAUGGCGACGAACUACUCGCGGUCUCCACAGAAGACGGCAGGGUUAUCUUCUACUCCACCAAAAAGGUACAAAAGUCGCAGGAUGAGGAUGAUUCGCCUAUUCCUUACGCCGAGGCUGUUGCUGAACUUGGCGGGAAAGCGUGUGGUUUCCCGGGGAGAGUGAAGGCCUUUGAGAUUCUAAGUCUCAAAGAGGAAAAUCAAGCGCCUCAGGAGGAUCUCCUCGUGGUUACGGGAAAUAGCGAAGGUGUUGUACGCGUGUGGCAUGUACAUGGAAAGGAUCUCGCUGGAAAAGGAAAGGCUGCGAAAUCCAGUAAAAAUAAAGAUGAAAAAGACUCGAAAAUCCGUCAGGUGGGAAAGCUUCUGAAUGCUUAUGAAACCGGAAACAGGAUUACCUGUCUCAAGGCAUUCGUUAUGUUACCUUCGGAAGAUCCCUCCAGCCUUCUGGAUUCCGAAGAGGAAUUUGAAGGUUUGGACAGUGAGUCGGACAGUGAGGAAAGUGAUGCUUGAUCAUUUGGAUAUCAUAUUUAAUGAUUCCGUAUUGUCCCUGUAUACCCUACCAUAUGAUGUUAGAGAGAAGAAGACAUGUAAAAAGAAAGAAAAAAGAAAAAGAAAACCACAAUAGCAAAAGCUUACC